AUGUGUGUGAAGCUCGCUUCAGCUUUUGUGAGCGCAUUGAGGGUUGCUCAUAAAUGUGCAAGAUUCGAUGUUGACAUGCAGCGCCACUGGAACCGAAGCCCUAUGACUCGCACUACGGCCUGGGGAAGACAAUUUGCAUUGUAUCUAUCAACACUCACAGUCGAAGGCAUCCUACGAGCGUACACCGCUAUCCCACCGGGCCACAUUCAUACGGCAUGUGAACAUGAGAUCAGCUGGUAUUUUAAAUUGGUUGAAGAUCGAAUUACGUAUGGAGAGCUUGAUAAUGCAGUGUCAAAAAAAGAUGUCUGUAUUCCUGUGUUACAGAGCAAUCUCGAGCGUGCUGUUACUGUUGGAGUGCAUUUUUCGCUGGCGGCCUUGUGCGUUGGUGCAUCGCGCAUCAUUCUUCGGACCUGGGGUGCUUGCGAAACACACUGCGAUCUUUGGCUAGUGUCUGAGAGCGCCUCAAUAGUAAUCGAUGCUAUAAGCUGCAUUGCAUCAUACCGUACUCUUCCUUUGAUUUUGAAAGACGGCUUGCUUACAAAUGUCUGUGAAAAAGAGUGCCGAUACAAAUAUCUGUCUCAGUCCACCUCAAGGGAACUUGGCUUCUAUGCUUCACUUUUGAGCAUCGCCAUGGAAUGCGGCGGCAGAGGCGGCUACGGCUGGAUACUUCGCCCUGCUAUGUCAGAGCUCACACUUCCUGAACUAAAGGGUCGCUUGCCAGAGCUCAUUUAUGCAUGCUCGACGAGUGCCUCCAGUGUUAUAGAGUGCCUGGAACAAGAACUAACGGGGAGGCUCGAGGAGGCCGCGCAGUUCGCGAUACGUAUUACUUGCUGUGGUCACUUGUCUUCUACACAACCUGGCAUCCCCAAAGGGUGCAUCGCGUGCAAACCGACAAGUAAGUAUCUUGAUCUCGUGGUUGAACUCAUAGAUGCCCAGCUAGCCUCCUACGAAUGGUCUGAUCAAUACCACAGUAGACUGAAAUACGUAUGGAGUGGUUCGCUGACUGCAGUUGAUAUCAAACAUCUUGAAAUGAGAGAAUGGUGUAUUGGGAUGGCCUCCAAUAUCGAGCUUAUGACACUCGCUGCUUGCGCUCGAGCAAGGCUGUCUGUCUCGAUUAUCCACGUCGAUGGUGUCGCCUCGAACUUGACUUUGCCCGAUUUUGAUGUGCGUAUUUGUUGUUUGUGGCAGAAUGACAUACAAUUGAGAGUAGGCGCUAGAGCAUCUUCAGCAUGA